CCCGCGUUGUCGGGAGGGGAGGGGGCGUCCCUCCGGCGUCCACGGAAGGAAGAGGCGAGAGAGGAUCGCUGCCGUGGAUCGACGCCGCCGCCCGCUCCGUUCCCUCGCGGCCGUCUGAAGGAGGACGAUGGCCAUGCUGCUGGAUGGCGGGCCCCAGUUCCCCACCUUGGGGGUCGGGGGCUUUGCGGCCUCUCGCCCUCACCCGCACGACGUGGCCAUGGGGCUCAACCACCCUCCUUUCGCCGAGCCUCCGUUCAAACUCAGCCCCGCCGCCCACGAGCUGGCCUCGGGUCAGGGAUCCGCAUUUACGCCGCAAGCUUCGGGCUUCGCGCACCACCACCACCCGACCCAUCAUCCGCACCACCACCACCAUCCUCCGCCGCCCCCUCACCCUCACGCCGCCGCUGCAGCCGCCGCCGCCGCCGCCGCCGGCCAGGUGCCUUCUCCUUACGUGGCCGCCUUUAAUUCCACGCGGGACUUUCUCUUCCGCAACCGCGGGGGCUGCGCCUUGGCCGAAGCGCCCUCGAACGGCGGCGGCGGCGGCGGGCCAAGCGGGACCCCCGGCGGCUCCCCUGCUCAGCACGGCCUUUUCGGCAGCAACCCACCCGGAGGACUCCACGCGCCGGGCGGCUUGGCGGACAGCGCGGGGAGCUACUUGCUUUUCCCCGGCUUGCACGAGCAGAACGCGGCCGGCUUGCCUUCGCCGUCGGGCCCCGUGGAGAGCGGCCAGCUGCACCUGGGUUUGCGUGGGGAGUUUUUCGGCCGGCCGGAUUCCUACCGGGGGGUCUCCAGCCCCAGAGCGGACGCUUACGGGGCCCCGCCGCCUUUCCCCAACUACGGGCCCGUGAACGUGGCGGGCAUGAACGUGGCGGGGCCCCAUCAUCAUCACCACCAUCAUCAUCAUCACCACCACGCGGGACCGGGCGCCUUUUUCCGCUACAUGCGGCAACCGGUGAAGCAAGAAUUGGCUUGCAAGUGGUUGGAGGAACCUUCGCAGCCGCCGGGCCGUUCCAAGAAAUGUUGCGACCGGCAAUUCAGCACCAUGCACGAACUGGUCACCCACGUCACGCUGGAACACGUCGGAGGUCCAGAGCAGAACAGCCACGUGUGCUUCUGGGACGAGUGCCCCCGCCAAGGCAAGUCCUUCAAGGCGAAAUACAAACUGGUCAACCACAUCCGCGUUCACACGGGCGAGAAACCGUUUCCCUGCCCGUUCCCGGGAUGCGGGAAGAUUUUCGCCCGCUCGGAGAACCUCAAAAUCCAUAAAAGGACCCACACAGGAGAGAAACCCUUCAAGUGUGAAUUUGAAGGCUGCGAUCGGCGUUUUGCGAACAGCAGUGACCGAAAGAAACACAUGCACGUACACACCUCUGACAAGCCUUACGUCUGCAAAGUUUGCGAUAAGUCUUACACUCACCCCAGUUCCUUAAGGAAGCAUAUGAAGGUCCACGAAACGCAGAGCUCUGAAUCUUCUCCCGCAGCCAGUUCAGGCUACGAAUCCUCCACGCCCCCAGCCCUGGCUGCUGCCCCCAGUAAGGACUCCGGGAAAGCUGCCCCUCCUUCCACGGUUCAGACGGCCAACCCCAACCCAGGUCUGCCCCCCAACUUCAAUGAAUGGUAUGUCUGAAGAGGGGGCCCUGCCCUCCCUCCCUCCCUCCCUCCUCACUUGGAUUCUCAAGAGACAUCAAAGGACAGCCUUCCGGCCGGGCCUGUUGCUGCUGCUGUGCUGCUGGAUUUUACCGGACACAAAAAAACAAAACAAAAAAGAUUGCCAAAAGGAAGAAGGAAAGUUGGGGUUUCGGGGAGCAGCAACAUCCUCGUCCCUCUCUCACCCUGACUGACUCCACUCCACAAGAGCCGCCAGAGGCUGGACUUGAAUCAUCUCUGCUGUUCUCAGGAUUAGCUUCUUUUCUUUCUGCGUUUGAGUGUUUCUUUCAGCUUUUUUUUUAAAACAAACAAUUCUUCUAGCUCGUUCUUGUGUCCCUGUCCUUUUUUUUUUUCCCUCCCUCCCUUUCUUUCCUUGUCUUUUGUAAUCGACUUCAGUGGAUGUUUCAUUUUUCACACCCGAUUGUCUCUCUCUCCGCCCUGUUUUCUUCCGUGGGAUGUUCAGAAACAAAAACUUGAUGGUUUCUCUUGGCCUUGUAGUUGUGAUUGUUAAAAGUAGAAGGAAAAAACAAACACUUUUUAAACUUGCCAAAGUCUUAUAUUCUCUCUCUCUCUCUCUCUUUCUC